AUAUAAAGCCAGUCCUGGAGUCUGGUGUGGGAAGUUAAACGGUGCACUUGUGAACGGUUCUUUGGUAAACUCGGACGGGCUGCGUUCUUGCUACGCUUUUGCGACUGACCUUUAUUGUUCUUCCGGGACGUACGCGGGUUUGGUAGGAUCCUCCUUUGGUUGCCCGAAGAAAGCGAAAAGGUGUUCCAGGACACCGCGGUGACAGACGGUAAUAGGGCCCUGGCAAUUUGUUACUCUGCAACAACAUAACAAUGGCAACUGUGCCUUCAGCUGGCUGCCUUUUAGCCAAGAACCAGUACUACAGAACACGAUUGAAUUCUGAGUCCAGUGUUUCUUCAAGCAGUUCAUCUGGCUGUUGUGAUCCCAUGCCAUUCUCAGACCAGGAAAAAAAUCACCACGGUCUACCUGAAAUAUUUGAAAAAUGCUGGUGGAUAAAAAGCUUUUUUCAUUGUGAGCCAACACCUCCAAAUAUAGGCAGAAAAACCUUAUCAGCCAGCAGUACUAACAGCUGAUUGGGAUAUCAAGCUGAAAGUUCCUGCUGGGACAUUAUAGACAGUCAUCUCUUGAAAUGAAUUCACAUCUGUGAAGAAAAUGAACUGCUUGAGAAUUCAGUUGUAGAAGAAAUACAAAUUAUCAAGGAUUUAAUCAGAGCUUAUUCAUCAAGCAACCAUCUUUUCAGUGUCUGCUGCAAGAAUUCUUGAUAAUGAACAGGUGUUCUAUAUUUCAUAAUAAUUUUUGUGCUUCAUAAAAGAAAAUGCAAGUGCAAAGUCUAGUGGGAUAUGGCAUAUGUGAUUGUUUGGGAUAUCCUUCACUAAAUUGAAAAGCUGUAGAUUGGAACGUUAACUAUGGUAACUUUCUACUUCAUGAAUAAUUUACUCAAAUGCCAAAUACAAAUUUCUCUUAUUUAUCAACAGCUAGAAGAAAACUGGAUAAGGCAUUAUUUAUGGAAGACUCAAUUAAAAAACAAAAAUGGAACAUGCUCAGUAUUAAAUUCCUUGUCUGGUUCUAAUUCUACUGUUUUCAUUGGAGCUUUCUUCCAUAGUUGUGUUACUAUUGUAUAUUACUGCUUUGACAUCAAGUAGUGUAAUAUUGAUAUUAUCUCUUCAAAUCAGAGAUAAUUUAAGAACUCUGGAUUGAUUUUUAUUUUUGAUGUAUAUCAUUCUGUUUUAAAGCACAGAAAUAAUAAUAAUACAGCAUUCUGCUUUGUAAGAGUUGUAUAUUUUAUUUACUUACACUAAGGAAUAUAUAUUUGUAUCACAUAAGGAAAUCUGUGAGUACUGAAUAUUCUAAAUUGAAUUUUUAAUAUAUUGAUGAAGUUUCUAAUGUUCCUUUGUCAUCCUUUUAUUUUACCCAAAGUUCUGUAGUAUGAAUAGUAACUUCAAGUUUUAAUAUGCUUGCUUUGUCAAAGUGUAAUUUACCUGGAUGCAUCAUUGCUGACUGCAUACCUGGAUGCAUAAUACUUUAACACACACACACACACACACACACACACACACGCACCACACACAUCCCUCUAGUGGAAAAAGAUAAAUAUAGCACAAUAAAAUAUAAACACCCAAUAAGCCUAUCCUUAAAGUCUGCUUCCUUUGGGUAUUAUCUUUUUGCCGUCUGUUCAACUUUGUACAUAGAAGCCUAUUUAUAAUAUUGCCAAGUGAUGUGUUAAUGUAUAUAACUUGUUUUUUUAUGAAAUUUUGUAUUAAUAAAAAUUGAUAAACAUGU